AUGCGGUUAGGCGGCGGGCAGCUGGUGUCUGAGGAGCUGAUGAACCUGGGCGAGAGCUUCACGCAGACCAACGACCCCUCGCUGAAGCUGUUCCAGUGCGCGGUGUGCAACAAGUUCACGACAGACAACCUGGACAUGCUGGGCCUCCACAUGAACGUGGAGCGCAGCCUCCCCGAGGACGAGUGGAAGGCGGUGAUGGGGGACUCGUACCAGUGCAAGCUGUGCCGCUACAACACGCAGCUGAAGGCCAACUUCCAGCUGCACUGCAAGACGGACAAGCACGUGCAGAAGUACCAGCUGGUGGCUCACAUCAAGGAGGGCGGCAAGGCCAACGAGUGGAGGCUGAAGUGCGUGGCCAUCGGGAACCCGGUGCACCUGAAGUGCAACGCGUGCGACUACUACACCAACAGCCUGGAGAAGCUGCGUCUCCACACGGUGAACUCGAGGCACGAGGCCAGCCUGAAGCUCUACAAGCACCUGCAGCAUCACGAGAGCGGGGUCGAGGGGGAAAGCUGCUACUACCACUGCGUGCUCUGUAACUACUCCACCAAGGCCAAGCUGAACCUCAUCCAGCACGUGCGCUCCAUGAAGCACCAGCGCAGCGAGAGCCUCCGCAAGCUGCAGCGCCUCCAGAAGGGGCUCCCUGAGGAGGAGGAAGACCUGGGGCAGAUCUUCACCAUCCGCAAGUGCCCGGCGGCUGAGGCUGAAGAAUCCAUUGAAGAUGUGGAAGGGCCCAAUGAAACGGCCGGUGAUGCUGAAGAGCCUGCCAAGGAGCAAGACAGCGGAGGGGACAAGGACCAGACCAGCCAGGCAGAGAAGGAGCUGGCAGAGCCUCCAGCAUCCUCCAAACGAAUAUCAUUUCCCAGCAGCUCUGAGUCGCCUCUCUCCUUUAAAUGGUCAAAAACUUCGGAGGAGACCAAAUCAGAGCAGAUGUAUCAGUGUCCCUACUGCAAGUACAGCAACACGGACGUGAACCGGCUGCGGGUGCACGCCAUGACGCAGCACUCGGUGCAGCCCAUGCUGCGCUGCCCGCUGUGCCAGGACAUGCUGAACAACAAGAUCCACCUGCAGCUGCACCUCACCCACCUGCACAGCGUCUCACCGGACUGCGUCGAGAAGCUCAUCAUGACGGUGACGACCCCGGAGGUGAUGAUGCCCAGCAGCAUGUUCCUCCCGGCAGCUGCCCCAGAGAAGGACGGGACUUCGGCCACAGAGGAGCUGGGGAAGCAGCCUGAGGUCUCCGAGGACUCGGCCAAGAGCCUUUUGCCCCCGGACGGUGCCGAGCACAGCGCAGACCCCAAGCCGCAGCCGGACCAGACCUGUGCUCGGGAGGACGCGGGGUUCCUGUGCUGGAAGAAGGGCUGCAGCCAGGCCUUCAAGAGCUCGGCAGCCUUGCAGACGCACUUCAACGACGUCCACGCCAAGCGGCCGCAGCUGCCCGUGUCUGACCGCCACGUCUACAAGUACCGCUGCAACCAGUGCAGCCUGGCCUUCAAAACCAUCGAGAAGCUGCAGCUGCACUCCCAGUACCACGUCAUCCGCGCUGCCACCAUGUGCUGCCUCUGCCAGCGCAGCUUCCGCACCUUCCAGGCCCUGAAGAAGCACCUGGAGACCAGCCACCUGGAGCUGAGCGAGGCAGACAUCCAGCAGCUCUACGGGGGGCUCCUAGUCAACGGGGACCUCCUCGCCAUGGGCGACCCUUCGCUCGCUGAAGACCACACUAUCAUAGUGGAGGAAGACAAGGAGGAGGAGAGCGACCUGGAGGAUAAGCAGAGCCCGACUGGGAGCGACUCAGGGUCGGUGCAAGAGGACUCUGGCUCCGAACCGAAAAGGGCCUUGCCCUUCAGGAAGGGCCCGAACUUCACGAUGGAGAAAUUCCUGGAUCCGUCUCGCCCGUACAAGUGCACGGUGUGCAAGGAGUCAUUCACGCAGAAGAACAUUCUCCUGGUCCAUUACAAUUCCGUUUCCCAUCUGCAUAAACUGAAAAGAGCCCUCCAAGAGUCUGCUACCGGGCAGCCCGAACCCACCAGCAGCCCAGACAACAAACCCUUCAAGUGCAACACCUGCAACGUGGCCUACAGCCAGAGCUCAACGCUGGAGAUCCACAUGAGGUCUGUCCUGCACCAGACCAAGGCUCGCGCAGCCAAGCUGGAGGCGGCGGGGGGCAGCGGCAGCAGCAACGGCGCUGGGAACAGCAGCAGCACCUUCACAACCACCAACCCCAGUAACUCGGGCACGGCUCCCAUCCCCAGCCUGCUCAGCCAGGUGUCGACUGACAGCGUGGCCGUCCCCAGCCUGGGUAACCCUGUCAGCGCUAACGUCGCUAACGUGUCCCCAUCGGAGCCCAAGGAGGUGAACCGCAAGAAGCUGGCAGACAUGAUCGCGUCCCGGCAGCAGCAGCAGCAGCAGCAGCAACAGCAGCAGCCGCAAGCACAANNNCAGCAGCAGGCCCAGACGCUGGCGCAGGCGCAGGCCCAGGUGCAGGCCCACCUGCAGCAGGAACUGCAGCAGCAGGCUGCGCUCCUGCAGUCGCAGCUCUUCAACCCAGCACUUUUGCCGCACUUUCCGAUGACCACCGAGACCCUUCUGCAGCUCCAGCAGCAGCAGCAUCUGCUGUUCCCUUUCUACAUCCCCAGUGCCGAGUUCCAGCUCAACCCAGAGGUCAGCCUGCCCGUCACCAGCGGUGCACUGACCCUGACCGGCACAGGGCCCAGUUUGCUGGAGGACCUGAAGGCUCAGGUGCAGCUCCCUCAGCAGAGCCACCCGCAGCUCCUGCAGCAGCAGCAAGGUCAGCUGUCCCUGUCACAACCCCACUCCGUCCUUAUACAGCAGAGCCAGCACCCCGAGAAGAAGAAUAAAUCUGUAGUGAAGGAGAAAGAAAAGGAAACCCCCCGGGAAAGGGAAGGUGCAGAGAGGGGAGACAGUAAUGUUGUGUCUAAGGAGUCUCUGCCCGAUAACUUAAAGCCCAAAGAGAAGAAGGACUUUGUAGCAGGCAGCAGCUCGGAGCCCUCCUUGCUGCCUCCACGCAUCGCCUCCGACGCGAGAGGGAACGCCACCAAAGCCUUGCUGGAAAACUUUGGCUUUGAGCUUGUCAUCCAGUAUAACGAGAACAAGCAGAAGGUGCAGAAGAAGAACGGGAAGACCGAGCAAGGUGAGAACUUGGAAAAGCUCGAGUGCGAUACCUGCGGCAAGUUCUUCUCUAACAUCCUCAUCCUGAAGAGCCACCAAGAGCACGUGCACCAACAUUACUUCCCCUUCAAGCAGUUGGAGAGGUUUGCCAAGCAGUACAGAGAGCACUAUGACAAACUGUACCCGCUGCGGCCCCAGACCCCGGA